AUGCAACGAACUUUUCUUCAACGAGUUGCCACGACUUCUAGGACGACGAGGAGUUCAGUCGUUAGGAGUGCUCGUCUAGCACGAUGCUUGAGCACGUCGAGACCGCUCGCAGCGCCUACGUCGCUGCAUACGCUCACAGAAGAGGAGCAGAUGCUCAAAGAGUCUGUACGGCGCUUUGCGGUCGAGGAAGUGGGCCCGAAAGUACGCGAGAUGGACGAGAACGAGAUGAUGGAUCCAAAGAUAAUCCAAGGUCUAUUCGAGCAGGGUCUCAUGGGCAUUGAGACGAGCGCUGAGCAUGGUGGCGCUGAAGCAUCAUUUACCAGUGCGAUUAUUGCCAUCGAAGAGUUGGCGAGAAUCGACCCAAGUGUGUCCGUGCUCUGCGACGUACACAAUACAUUGGUCAAUACCAUUCUCCGCAAGUAUGGUACAAAGGAGCAGCGUGACAAGUUCCUUCCAAUGCUGGCCGAGAGCAAGGUUGGAUCAUUCUGCUUAUCGGAACCCGCGAGUGGAAGUGAUGCAUUUGCUCUGCAAUCACGAGCUGUCCAAGAUGGCAAAGACUGGAUCAUAAACGGCUCAAAGAUGUGGAUUACGAACAGCUACGAAGCCGAAAUAUUCCUCAUCUUUGCCAAUGUGGACCCGAGCAAGGGGUAUAAGGGUAUCACUUGUUUCAUUGCGACAAAGGAUAUGGGCAUCCAAAUCGCUAAGAAGGAGCAAAAGCUCGGUAUUCGAGCGAGUUCAACAUGCACUCUGAACUUUGACGAUCUCAAGGUGCCCGAGGAGAACAUCAUCGGAGGCUUGGGUAAGGGCUACAAAAUUGCUAUCGAAAUUCUCAAUGAAGGUCGGAUCGGUAUUGCCGCUCAAAUGCUCGGACUGGCUCAAGGUGCAUUCGAUAAGGCCGUUCCAUACACCUACGAACGCAAGCAGUUUGGGCAACCCGUUGGUACUUUCCAAGGAAUGGCUUUCCAAAUCGCGGAAGCCGCUACCCAGAUUGAGGCCGCACGGCUCUUGACGUACAACGCUGCUAGGAGAAAGGAAGAGGGACUGCCAUUCACCAAAGAAGCGGCAAUGGCGAAGUACUUUGCCAGUGUUGUUGCACAAAAGGUUUCUGGCAGUGCGAUCGAGUGGGCGGGUGGUGUUGGGUUCACACGAGAAACUGGCAUUGAAAAGUUUUGGCGAGACUCAAAGAUUGGUGCAAUUUACGAGGGUACCUCCAACAUCCAGCUCAAUACUAUCGCCAAAUUCAUCCAAAAGGAGUAUUCGUAG